AGGGACAGAGCUGCGAACAAAGGGCACGUCUUGGUUGUACAGGUGGAUAUGAAUGCAGAGGAAGUUUCGGAAAACAGCAUGGUGGGAAAAACUGAAUUAGGAAUGCCAAGAGCUGAGCUGUAGCCCCUGCUAAUUCAUUCAUUCAUUCCUUCAUUCAUUUCCCUGCCUUCAGAGCUAGAGGGCGACGGGGAAGCCAGCGCACACGGGACCGGCUGGGAGGCCGAGAAGAUGGGCAUCCUCAGCGUGGACCUGCUGAUCGCGCUGCAGAUCCUGCCCGUGUUCUUCUCCAACUGCUUGUUCCUGGCGCUCUACGACUCGGUGGUGCUGCUCAGGCACGUGGUGCUGCUCCUGAGCCGCUCCAAGGCCGCCCGCGGCCAGUGGAGGCGCAUGCUGACCUCAGAGGGGAUGCGCUGCAUCUGGAAGAGCUUCCUCCUGGACGCCUACAAGCAGGUGAAACUGGGUGAAGAUGCCCCCAAUUCCAGCGUGGUGCAUGUCUCCAAUCCCGAAGGAGGCGACAACGGUGAAAAUGGUGCCCAGGAGAAGACAGUGGAUGGCGCCGAGUGCCACCUCCUGGACUUCGCCAGCCCCGAGCGCCCGCUGGUGGUCAACUUCGGCUCGGCCACUUGACCGCCCUUCACUAAGCAGCUGCCGGCCUUCAGGAAACUGGUGGAGGAGUUCUCACCCGUGGCCGACUUCCUGCUGGUCUACAUCGAUGAGGCCCAUCCCUCAGAUGGCUGGGCGGUGCCCGGGGGUUCUUCUUUGUCGUUCGAGGUGAGGAAGCACCGGAGCCAGGAAGACCGAUGCGCGGCAGCCCACCAGCUCCUGGAGCGGUUCUCCUUGCCGCCCCAGUGCCGAGUGGUGGCCGACCUCAUGGACAACAAUGCCAACGUAGCUUAUGGGGUAGGCUUUGAACGCGUGUGCAUUGUGCAGAGACAGAAAAUUGCUUAUCUGGGAGGAAAGGGCCCUUUCUUCUACAACCUUCAAGAAGUCCGGCGAUGGCUGGAGAAGAAUUUCAACAAGAUGAAAUCUAGAUUAGCUGGUUAA